AUGGCUGGAAGUUCAAAGAAUAGCAUGUCAUUUAAUGCUAGAUUCACUCCCAAAUAUGGACACGGUCUUUCAAUGAAGGUGUUCGUUUCAAAAUCUACUAUAAAUCUAGGGAGAAAAUAUUGGAAGUACAAAUUUUGGGGAAAAGAAGAAGAUUGUCAAUUAUUUUAUUGGGAUGAUGAAUACUUUUGUGCAAGUGAUAGGAAAGGAAUUCUAGAAGAUGAUGAUGGAUGCAAUAGAUGUGAUGUGAUGAUAGAGUAUUUGAGAAAAUCUGGCAGCGAUUUCGGGAGGGAAUUUGGUUCAAAUAUGUGUUCCAAGGAGAUGGAAGAUAUGAAUAACAAGUUAGACAACACAAGGAAGAAGUUUGCUUUUGUAAUUGUAGUACUUAUUUGUUCUUGGGUUUACUUUGUCCUAGUUUUAGCAGCCUGA